AUGACAACAGCUGCUAGACCAACUUUUGAUCCUGCCCGAGGAAAUGAUAGUAAAGCACCAACUUUUCAAUAUAGUUCUAGAGAUCUUUCUGCUCAUACAAAACUUAAAUAUAGUGAUGAGGAAGAAGAAGACGAUACUGCAGCUUUAUUAGCUGAAUUAGAGAAAAUAAAAAAAGAGCGAACAGAGGAGAGAGAGCAACGACAAGAAGAAAUAAUGACGGGAAAUCCAUUAAUUGCAAAUAAAGAUUUUAAUGUUAGAAGAAGGUGGGAUGACGAUGUCAUUUUUAAGAAUCAGGCUCGUGGAGUUGAAGAUAACCCUAAAAAACGAUUUAUAAAUGAUACACUUAGAAGUGACUUUCAUCCAUUUUGUAAAGUCAUCUGUAAUGUUGAUGCAAAAGUGUUUGCUAAAUUUACAGCACCACUUUCAGCAACCAUUGCCAUUGUACCUGUACGUUUCUCCAAUUUGUUUGCUUCAUUAACUGCUCCUACAACCUCUUGA